CUUUCAGUGACAUUUGGAAGGAGGCCAGGAGCCACCAGCGCCGCCUUUGGGGGCGGGUAACAGUGACCAUACAUCCCUGCGUGCCCCCAGGGCUGGGGCGCACACCUCGGCAGAGAGUCCCAAGCAGCACGAACCAGCUGAUCCUCCUCUGCAAGGGAGGAGGAGUCGCAGGGCUUUGGAUCCCGGCACCGCCUGGAAGCAUCACCCCCACCCGCGGACAAGUGCUGCCAGGAAUAAGGAGAACCCUCGAGGCGUUGGGCGAGGGCAGGGUGCCGGCGCUGGCUCGACCCGCUCCAGCCACAACCUCUCCAUCAGGUUCCUGCCGCCUGCGCUGCCACCGAGAUGUGCCGAGCGGCUCUACGGCAGGGCCGGCAGCCCCGACUCCCACUCUCCCAUUUGCUGCCCCCUCUUUACAGUCCAGCAUCUGCCUUCAGCGAAGGACACGGGUCCAGCACUCGGGUCGGCAGAGCCUCCCUGCCCCAGCCGAGCACACCCAGCCCCACCGCAGCAUCGCGCUGGGGGUCCCCAAGCCUCCUCAGCCCCUUCUCCAGCCGGCUCCGUCCCGCAGCCAAGCCCCGGUCCCACUCACACCCCCUGGUCCCCGAUGCAGCAACUGCUCCGUCAGCGCGUGUGCCUGAGGCAGAGCGUGGUCGGGCUCCCCAAGUCGGGGGGGCUCGCUCGGGUUUCACCCGAGUCACAAGACACAGUAACUAGCACGGGGCCAAGCACAAACCCCAGCACAGAAAGGAAAUGUCUCUGUGUGCCAGAAGCCAGACUGGUCCCCACGCGCUUCGGACGCGCCUCAGAGUUUCUCUCGCCUGUUGGUCACAUCGCACACCUGGUGUGAAGCCCCUCAGAGACCCCAGCCUACCCCGAUCAGUCUCUCGUACCCGUACGAGUCACCGCUGUGAUUAAUUUGAUGGGAGCCCGUUCUGUGAGCCCCCAGGGACACGGCCCGUAUCUGCGCUGCUCCUAGGGAAUGGAGUGGGUGCCCAGCACAGGCUCUUCCCGUGGGGAUCCGAGCCCAGUCAGCUGCCCUGAACCCCCAGGCUGAACAUAAAAGCCUACGGGAAGGCGAGAGACCAUUUCUCCUUCCAUCUUCUGGGGGGAAAGAAAGCAUCCCUGAGGCUCUGCGCAGGCUUUCUCGGACAGCUCUGGCAGAAAUAUUCCUGGUGGUGCCUGUACACUAUCAUCACGCUCAGCCGCCGCGGCUGGGAACGCGCGGACACCCUCCACCACCAGGCGCUGGGUCUCUGCCCCCCCGCCCUGCCAGCCGGAUUCCUCGCGUGCCUAAGGACGCUUUAAAAAAGUAAAGUUAUUUCAGGCAAGAUUUCUCCUCUUCUCGGAGCCUCUCUCGGCCAGUUCGCUCUGGCAUCCACCUCCCUCGGCCUCGGGGGCGCCCCCCGGGGCUCUCGCCCCGCUGCUGGGGGGGGGGGACGGCGGGUGACACCAGCUGGGGACAGCGCCCGGGUACCCCGUGCGCACGAAGACCUGGCUGCUCUUAAUCUCACAAGAUGCUGCUUCUACCUCAGGUCUCCCUUUGCCCUGCGCUAAUUAGCCCAGCUCGGCGGAAGCACAAGCUAACGAAGCGGGAAGGUACCACCUGCGUCCUCGUGUCCUUCCCCUUCAUCUUCAACCCCUGCCUGGGUUGCAAGGAGAACACGCCGCAGUGGGCAGCCUUCAUCUACUACCUCCCCUUCAUCGUCAUCUUCCAGUUCGGCUGGGCAGCCACACAGAUCUCCCACUUGUCUCUCAUCCCUGAGUUGGUGACCAGUGACCAUGAGAAGGUGGAGCUCACAGCUUUCAGGUAUGCCUUCACCGUCAUGGCCAAUAUCACUGUGUAUGGCCUGGCCUGGAUCCUGCUGAACUUCCAGGUGGACCAGCCUGACCGCACAGAGCACCUGGGCAUCCAGGAUGUCCCUAUAUUUCGGAACCUGUCCCUCAUUGUGGUGGGGCUGGGGGUCGUGUUCUCCUUCAUCUUCCACCUGGGCACCAAAGAGAAGCCAUACGCGCCGAGCUCGUUGCCCCAGCUGGAGGAGAGCACGCCCCUGCUGCAGAAGGAGCCCGCGAGCCCCCCGCAGCCACUGCUGAUGUGGAAAGACUGGCUGCUGGAGCCUGCCUUCUACCAGGUCGCAGUGUUGUACAUGUCUACCCGGCUCAUCGUUAACCUGUCCCAGACCUACAUCACCAUGUACCUCACCAACUCGCUGCUGCUGCCCAAGAAAUACAUUGCUACCAUCCCCCUGGCAAUGUACAUCAGUGGCUUCCUUUCCUCCUUCCUGAUGAAGCCUGUGAAUAAGUGGAUAGGUCGAAAUCUGACCUACUUCGUGGGCAUCCUGGUGAUCUUGGCCUUUGCCUCCUGGGUGAUCCUGGCCAGGCAGAUGGGAGCGGAGAUCUACGGGGCGGCUGUGCUGCUUGGGGCUGGCACUGCCAUUAUCCUGGUCACCUCCCUCUCCAUGACAGCAGACCUCAUCGGCACCAACACGCACAGCGGCGCGUUCGUCUAUGGUGCCAUGAGCUUCACGGACAAGAUGGCCAACGGCCUGGCUGUGAUGGCGAUCCAGAACCUGCACCCGUGCCCGACGGAGCUCUGCUGCCCUGCUUGCGUCAGUUUCUACCACUGGGUGAUGGUGUUGGUCACCGGAGGCAUCGCCAUCGCUGCCAUCGCCUCGCUGUGCUGCAUCAUGGUCUGGCCCAUCCGUAUCCGCUACCAUGGCUGCGGGGAGGCGGCGGGAGCCCCGUCCCGGCGGGAGGUGGCACGGCAGGGCUGGCUGUGGGGAUGCUCGCGGCGCUGCCCUCGGGGGGGACCCUCAUGGUAGGCGCGCGGGGCAGGGCCGCCGUCCUGCUGCUGCUGCUCCUGCACCCUGCUUGCCGCGCCCUCCUGGAGGGCAGGAUUUGGCCCCCGGGGCCACCGAGGGGUGGGCGCGGGGAGCCGCUCUGCCUGCUGGGGACGCGGGGUGCCCCUUGCCCCCCGCUCAGCCGCUGCCCCUCUGCCGGGCGCUGUGUCGUGCUGCGGGGUUGGGGGGGGGAGAGGGCAGACCCCUCCCCGCGCCGCCCUGGGGCCGUGCCAGCUACGGGAGCCUUGGGCCGGCGGCUGGGGAGCCCGGCGCUGGCCCCUAACCUGCCCCUUGCCCCCCACCC